AUGGUUUUCUUCUUAUCGAUUCUUCUGCAAAUGGUUUUCGUGUUAUGGUGUAUCGAAGAGGGAAAUGAUUUAGCAAUAAAGUUGGUCGAAGCUUAUCCUGAAUUUGUUGUAAAGAAUGAUAAUGUACUGAUGGCAAUAGCUAGAACCUUUCCCAGCGGGCUAGACUAUGGAGAAACACUUAUAUAUCCCGUUCCACUGCUCAUGCUUAUAUGGAUCUAUGUGUUGAUGCGCCUCCUCAUAUUGAUUGUUUAUUUCCCGUUCUCUAUGUUUUAUUUCAGCUUGUGGAAAGUUGCAGCAAUAUUCGUUGCACCAAUUAAGCAUAUCGAGAAGAAAAAGAAGGAAUGGGAAAGAGCAAAAGAAGUUCUAAAACUGGUAUGUGAAGCAAUAGAAAACUCGAAGAUCGCUAAUGCUCAUUCUCACUAUUACACCGGACCCAUUCUUGAGGCUGCUCGUCAAAAUGCUUAUGAGGUUGUUGAUGAGAUUUUAUCGAGAUCCCCUGAAGCAAUUCGGUAUAAAGAUGAACAAGGGUAUGACAUUAUACAGUUAGCAGUAAUACAUCGUUCAGAAAAGAUUUACAACCUUAUUUAUCUCAUGGAGGAGCGUAAGAGCAUUUAUGGAACACUCGAAGAUUCAUCAAAGAACAAUAUGUUGCACUUGGCUGGAAGAUUAGCUCCUUCCCAGAAGCUCAAACGCAGUAUAGGUGCAGCAUUUCAACUACAAAGAGAGCUUCAAUGGCGAAAGGAAGUCAAGAAACUCGUAUUUCCAGCAUACAUUACCAAAGAGAACAUUUUUAAGGAGACACCAGAUAUGGUGUUCACACGGGAACAUGAGAAUUUGGUGAAGGAAGGAGAGAAGUGGAUGAAAGCUGUAGCAGAAUCAUGUAGCAUCACCGCAGGACUAAUUACCACAAUAGUGUUUGCAGCAGCCAUUACGGUGCCAGGUGGAAUCAAUCAAGAAUCAGGCAUCCCUUUAUUUAUAGAUAACACUGUCUUCACCAUCUUUGCUGUAGCAGAUGCCAUGUCACUAUUUGCAUCCAGUACAGCAUUACUAAUGUACUUGUCGAUCCUCACCGGACGUUUUUCUGAGCAAGAUUUCCUACACCGUUUGCCAAGAAGAAUGAUUAUUGGUCUUGUUACCUUGCUCCUAUCUACAACUGCAAUGAUGGUGGCCUUCGGCACAACAUUGUACCUUGUCUUUUGUUAUAAAAGACCAUGGAUGGUUGCUCCAAUUUGUGUAUUAGCUUUCCUCCCAAUUGCAGCGUUUAGUACUCUUCAGAUCCCCAUUAUAGUUGAUCUAUUUCGGUCGACAUAUGCACGCAUCUUUGGCAAGCCAAGCAACAAUAGCAGCAUAGGAUUUAAUCCGAAUGAUAUCCGGUUGUAUUUUGACAAGUGA